AUGCAAUUGGGAAGAAUAGGAAUCAUAUUGACUUCAUUGAUACCGUUUGUUAUCGGUGCUACCGUUUCAGGUUUUAUAGAAUUACCAGGUGAUGAAUUAACAAAUUUAGAUCUUGUUCAUACAUCAAUUGAAUUAUUAGAGAUCCAAGGGGCACAAUCAAAUAGUAUAGGACUCAAAAGAAAUGCACAUAUCAAUUCUGAAGGUGUUUUCAAUUUCCAUGAUAUUCCAAAAGGUUCAUAUUUAUUAUCCGUAUCUCACAUUGAAUAUAAUUUAGUUCCUUUCAAAUCAAGAGUUGAUGUUUUGGAAAAUGAUGAAGUUAAAGUUCAUUUAGUACAAGCUGCACAAAAAUGGGAUGAUAAAGGUCCAGAAAUUCCACAGCCAAUAAGGUUUAUUCCAAAUACAAAAUUCCCAGAAAGACAAUAUAUUAAAAAUAGAUCACCAGGUAUUUUAGAAAGUGGACCAAUCGCUACUGUGGUUAAUAAUCCAUUAUAUUUAGCAAUGGCAUUCCUUGCAAUAAUAGCUGUUGUUGCACCAUAUUUAUUAGAAAAAUUUGAUCCAGAAACUGCCAAAUUAUUAAAAGAACAAAAAGCUCAAAGAAAUGUAAAUUCAAGUGCUGCUGCUUUAAAAGCUGCUGAAUCUUUGAAUUUUGAUCUUGGUGAGAAGAUAGGUAGUUCAAGAGCAUCAAAAGUGAAUAGAUAA